AAAACUUUCAUUCUCUCUCUCUCCUUCUCCUUCUCCUUCUUCUUUUCCUCUUCUAUCACAGAAAAACUCAAAUUUAGUCAAUCAAAUCAAAUCCCUCCUCUACCAGAUGUUGUUACUUUCUUCUUCCUCCUAAAUAUUUUGAUUUGAUUUUGAUUUUUGAUUUCUCUCCCCCGCCCCCGCCCCCGCCCUUUCAGAUCCCUAUUCCCAUGGCUUCUGGAUCUUACUGGUGUUACAGCUGUAGCCGAUUCGUUUGGGUUUCCGAUUCAAUCUCUUGCCCUGAUUGCGACGGUGGUUUCCUCGAACACAUCCAAGAAUCUCUCGAUUUCACUCCUUCCGAUUCAUUCCACCGCGUCACCACCACUGCUCAGCAUCGCAGCCCUACUCGUUUCCCUCUCCCUUCUUCCUCUUCUUCAUCUAUGCACGCUUCAACCGCCGACAACAGUCCCACCACUCCCACAACCGUGACUCGUACUCGGAGCAGCAACCGAUCUCCUAAUCCUGUUAUCGUCCUCCGUGGAUCUGGUGGUGGUGCUCCUUCUUCUGAUGUCUCCGAAGGUUUAGAUCGAUCUGCUUUUCAGAUGUAUUACGAUGACGGUACUGAUUCUGGUCUUAGACCUUUACCACCUAGUAUGACUGAGUUUUUGCUAGGUUCUGGAUUCGAUCGGUUGUUAGAUCAGAUCUCUCAGAUCGAGCUUAACACCAAUCGUAACAAUCGUUCUUGUGACCAUCCUCCCGCUUCUAAAUCGGCGAUCGAAGCUUUGCCUGUGAUCGAAAUCGAUCCUAAUCAUCUCCAGUCUGAUUCUCAAUCUCACUGCGCUGUUUGUAAAGAGAAUUUUGUUUUGAAAUCCUCGGCUCGUGAGAUGCCUUGUAACCACAUCUAUCAUCCUGAUUGUAUCCUUCCUUGGCUUGCGAUUCGAAACUCUUGUCCCGUUUGCCGUCACGAGCUUCCCCCGGCGGAGGAUACUAGUGAUGGAAACACCGGACCCGGUGGUGCUUUGACGGUUACCGCUUCGGCGGAGGAAGAGGAAGACUCCGCGGCGGGGCUGACGAUUUGGAGGUUACCAGGUGGAGGAUUCGCUGUUGGGAGAAUCCCUGGUGGUUGGAGAGGUGGAGAUAGAAUGAUGCCGGUGGUUUACACGGAGGUUGACGGUGGUAGACUAGGUGACGAGAGACUUCCGAGAAGAGUAGCUUGGGGUUCGAGAAGAGGAGGAAGAGAUGGAAGUAGUAGAGAGAGAGGCAGCGGGUUUGCGGGUCGGAUCAUGAGGCUUUUUGGAUGUUUUAGUGGGUCAUCUGGAUCCAUUGCUGCUUCAGCAUCGUCCGGGUCCGGGUCCAGGAUUCGUGUUACCCGUAGGUCGUCGUUUUCUCUGUUUAGUACAUCGUCGUCUUCUUCGUCAAGGAGACGAAAUUGGCUAGCCUGAUGAUUUACUAGAGUUAUCAUCGUCACCUUCACCUCUCUCAGCUAUAAUCUUCGAACUGCAGAGGCACCAAACCAAUAAUACAUGUAUACUAGAGGCUAUAGAAGAAUCUUAUAAAGCGACCAAUUAAUUUGAUGAGGUCAAUAAGUAGAGGAAACGUGAAGGAAAAAGCAAUGAUAGAGUUUUUUAUACAACGCAUCUGAUGAUGCUGUCGUUUAUUGGAGACAGUCUUUUGUAAUUUAGCAAUUAUUUUUCAUUAUUAGAUUUGUUUAUGCACCCCCUUUUGUGUUUCCUAUGUUAAAUACACUCUUACUGUUACCACAGUACUGAAAAACUAGUUUUGUUUUCUAUA